AUGCAUCGGUGUUCCGGGGGUGCUGAGACUGAGGGUGCUGAGCCUGGGGGUGCUGAGGCUGGGGGUGCUGAGCCUGGGGGUGCUGAGACUGGGGGAGUUGAGGCUAGGGGAUGUGAGACUGACCGUGCUGCGCCUGGUGGCGCUCCCUCUUCACAGCAGCUGCGUGAGUG